CUACUGCAGUACAGGACAUGGUGUCAAGAGUUGGAGCAGCAGCUGGAAGCAGGAGGGGUGAGUGCACAGGGAUCCCUUCCAGGCAGACAGGAGGCCACAGAAGACCACAGCUUGGAGAAAGCACUGCUUCAAUUGGAAGAGGAACAGCAAAGGUGUGAGAAUCUGGCAGAAGUGAACGCUUUACUGCGAGAUCACCUAGAUAAAGCAAAGGAGGUUAAUUCAGCCCUCAAAGAAGAUGUUGGAAAACUGACAGCAGACUGGAUGAGGGCCCGGGAGGAGCUGGAAUUGAAGGAAAGUGAAUGGCACAAUGAACGUGAGCUUUAUGACAGCUACGUGAGAGGUGAACGUGACCGUCUGCUCAGCCUGUGGCGUCAGGUGGUGACCUUCCGCCGUCACUUCCUGGAAAUGAAGACUGCCACAGACAGAGAUUUGUCAGAGCUGAGGGCAGAGCAAAUGAGGCUUUCUGGAUCUAUACUUGUAAACUGCUCCCACCUAAACUCUGGCUUACAGCUCUGGGGGUCAGUCACUCGGGGCAGAUGUGUCCUGAUGGAUCAGGCACAGCAGCAAGCAGGAGAGAAAAUAAAUCAGAAGACACAGGAAAUUAUAUACUUACAAGGCCAGGAGGACCUGGAGAAGAAAGAGCUACAAGACAGGGUAAUGGAGCUCUCAGCCUUGCUUGCACAGUCUCAGAAGCAGAACGAGGAGAAGGAGAAGACCAUGAAAACACUUAAUGACACUGUGGAGAUCCUAGAAACAAGUCAGUCAGUGAGAGAAUAUGAAGCUUUAUUGACCAGAAGUGCUAAAGAAGAGAAUCUUUCCCUUCAAAAGCUGAUAAAAGAUAUAACUGAGAUGGUGUUAGAUGACAGUGACAGCACCAUCAGCGUUACCACCACCGGCAGUUCCCAGCAUGCAGAGUCUGGCAACAUCCUCUCUGAUCUGGGCUCAGCUGAUGCAAAGCAUGCCUUUGGAUUGGUUCAGGAAGCACUUGCAAGGAGGCGAGGAGCAACACAGGCCCUAAAAGAAGAGCUUUCUGCCAGGCAAGACUCUGUCAACAUCCUGCUGCACCAGCACAGACAGCAGGAGGAGAAGUGCAGGAAGCUGCAGCAAAGGCUUGAUCAACUGGAGGAGGAAUGCAAGACAUCCAGCAGCCACCGGCAGCACCUCCAGUCUCUGGUAGAAGCACUCAGAAGCGACUGUGCAGACAUGGAGCAAAGCAGGGCAGAGCUGCAGCAGCAGCUUGAAGGAGCACAGCAGGAGGCCUCACGCCUGCGGCAGAGUAACACUGAGCUGCAGCUGAAGGAAGAUUCAGCCCAGGAGGAAAAGGUGGAGCAGCAGAAGACCAUGGAGAGAGCACGUCAUGAGCAGGAGCUCCUACUGAAGGACUUAGCUGCACUUGAAGAAAAACAUUCGAUGUUGCAGAGUGAGUUGGUAGUCACAAGAGAGACACUGGAGGAAUCAUACCUUCAGAGAGAUCUGCUGAAGCAAGAGAAACAUGAGCUUACAGUGGCACUGGAAAAGGCAGAGCAGGCAGUGGCAGACUUGACAGGGGCUCAGAAUAAGCUGGGUGCUGAAAUAGCUGAUCUACGUGAUGCAACAGAGAAGAUGAGUAGUAUCAAUGAAGCUCUUGCACUGGAUAAAGUGCAACUGAACAAAAUUGCAUUGCAGCUGGAGCAAGAGAAUGGUGUUCUGUCAGGUAAAGUGGCCGAGAUGGAGAGAGCCAGGAUCUCUGACCUGGAGAAGCUGAACUUCUGUGAAAAAGCAAAUGAAGACCUCUGUGCAGAGAAAGCCCACCUGGAGCAGCUGCUGAAGAAAGCAGAGGAGGAGCAGGAGGGGCUGCAGAUAGAGCUGAUGAUAAUGGCAGAGGAGAAAACAGAAACCCAAGAGAAACUCAAUCAGGUCUCCCGCCAGCAGGAGGCAGCCAGCAGUGACCUGGAGCAGCUGCAGGAGGAGUCUUCUCGCCAAGGGCACGCGCUGGCCAGGGUGUCCAGGGAGCAGGAAUUCCUCGUGCAUGAGAAGGCCGCCCUAGAGGUGCGCCUGGCAGCCGUGGAGCGGGACAGAGAGAGCCUUUCAGAGCAGCUGGCAGAGGCCAGGUCAGUGAAGGAGACCCUGGAAUCCAGUCUGUUUGAGGCUCAGCAGCAUGUAUCUCAGCUGGAAAUCACCAGGAGUCAGCUCGAAAUCCAACUUCACACAGUCACGCAGGCCAAAGAGGUGAUACAAGGGGAAGUGAAGUGCCUUCAAUGUGAGCUGGAAGCAGAGAGAUCUCUCAUGAAGCAGGAACGGGAAACGAUGGCCCAGCAGCUCUUGCAGACAGAACUGCAGUAUGACAACACCCUCAGACUUCGGGAAACUGAUCAUGAAAUGGAAAGAACCAGUCUCCUGCAAGACCUGGCAAGUGAGCAGGAAAGGCACCGUUCAGAGCUGCAGCAGAUGCUGGAGCAAUGGGAAAAAGAGAAGGCAGAGACAGAAGGGGAGCAUGAAGAGAAGCUGUUUGAUAUGAAGCAGAAAGUUGCUACCAUGCAAGCUCAACAAGAAGAGGAACAAACUAGAGUGGAAAAUGCCAAGCAGGAGGUCCUGAUGGAAAAGGAGAGAGAGAAGAAUGCUUUAUUAGAGACACUACUCCAAACUCAGGGAGAGCUAAGAGAAGCCUCCCAACAGCUAGAGCAGCUCAGGCAGGAGGUGAAAGAACAGCAAGAGAAUGGGCAGAACAUCACAGAAAAGCUGCAAGCAGAGCUGCAGGAAGCUUGGAGUAAGAUCAAGGCAGUGGAGGACAGGCACAGGGAAGAAAUCGAAACUGUCAAAGAGGAAAUGAACAUCCUCCUUCAGCAGAGGGAUGCUCUACAAACACAGGUGGAAGAGUUGACAUCUCAGCUAGCAGCCUCUGAAGAGUCCAAGCAGGUGAUUGACUGCAAAGCUCAGCAAGAUCUGAGUGAGGCACAGGAGCUGUCAAAGCAGAAGGUGCUGGAGAUUGUACACCUCCAGAAGAUGUUAGAGGAGACGAGGAGUCAAUGGGAGGAGGUACAACAUCAAAACAAGGAGCUGCAAGUGUGUCUGCAGUCCUUGGAGGGGGAAAGGAGUCGAUGGGAAGAAGUGGAGCGUCAGAAUGCAGAAUUUCAGGCUCUGCUGAAGGUUCUAGAGAGUGAAAAAGCCAGGCUGACUCUGUCUCUGGAAGAGAAGGAACUGAGCCUCAGAACCCUGGAAGAAAACAACCUUGCCCAGCACAAUGAGAUGUCUCAGCUUCUUUCUGCUAUUCACCAAGCCCAGCAGCUCCAUUCAGACCACAGAAGAGAAAUACAAGAGCUCAACAACCAGGUGCAGUCACUGCAGGAUGUAGUGCUGGAGAAGGAGGCUGGCCUGGCAGCCCGAGAGGAGCAGCUGCUACAGGACCUGGAGGAGUCCCGAGCAGGCGAGCAACAUUUGAGGGGCUCUCUGCACGUGCUGGAGGCUGAGGUGUCUGAACUGCAUCUGAGGCUUUGUAACACAGAGAGCAGAGCAGAGGCCUUGGCCACAGAGUGCCAGCAGGCCAACAGUGCCCACAGUGAAGCCCAGUCCCAGCUAGAAAGCCUACGCUUGGCUCUCCACCACAUCAUCUGUGACAGCAGAGACUUUAUCACUUGGAGUUCAGGACAGGGUGAUGGCAAGGGCGUGACUGUUUCUCAGGCCUGGGACCUCCCUGCAGAGCUCACAGUGGACAGAGUGGCAGCAGCCCUGCAAGACCUGCAACAGCACCUGCAGCAGACCCAGCAAGAUCUGAAUGAUGCUAGGGAGAAGAUACAGGACUUGGAGCUGGAGCUGAGCAAGAGGCAAGAUGAGAGGGACCACUUCAGUGCCCACAAUCAAGAGCUGCAGAAACAGUUGGCUCAAAGCCAGGAAGAGACACAGAUGGCAGAACACAAGAAGAGCUCUCUACAAGCUGCCUUGCAGGAAGAGGCUGCUGCUCUGAAGGAGGAGGCUAUGACUCUACAUCAAGAAGUGGCAUCUUUGGAAAGGAAACUUGAGAGCACUGAGGUGCAAAGAAGGGAAGCCCUGCGUGAACGAGAUGGACUGCGAGCUGUUAAAGAAAAACUGGUACAGGAGAUAAAACUUCUUCAGCAAUCAGUCACAGCCUCUGAAACCCAAGCAAAUACAGCAACAGAUAUGACUCACUCCCUUGAACAAGAACUCCAAGCUACACUGUCUAUCUUAAAAAUGAAAAAUGAGGAAGUGGAAAUGCUGCAGGAGAAAAUCCAGAUGCUCCAGAAAGAGGCAGCAGAGGCAAAAGCUUUGCAGGAGAAUCUCACUCAGAUGACUGCCAUCCUGUCAGAGAGGGAGGGACAAAUGAAGUUAUACCAAGAACAGAUGAGAAUGCUGGAAGAGGAGAAAGAAAUGCAUAAAACUACUCUUGAUCAGGUUAUUAAGGACAUAACAGAGAAAAAACAGAAGACAGAAUCCCAGCAAGAACAUAUACAGGAGCUGGAAAAGCAGCGAGAAAAACAAAGAACUGCUGUCAGCAAGAUGAGCAGAGAGCUGGAGGAGAGAGACCAGGAGAUCAGGUCCCAGCAAGAGCAGAUACAGGAGCUGGAGAAGCAACGAGAAUUGCAGGGGACUGCUGUCAGCAGGAUGAGCAGAGAGCUGGAGCAGAGAGAUCAGGAGAUCAGGUCCCAGCAAGAGCAGAUACAGGAGCUGGAGAAGCAACGAGAAUUGCAGAGGACUGCUGUCAGCAAGAUGAGCAGAGAGCUGGAGCAGAGAGAUCAGGAGAUCAGGUCCCAGCAAGAGCAGAUACAGGAGCUGGAGAAGCAACAAGAAUUGCAGAGGACUGCUGUCAGCAAGAUGAGCAGAGAGCUGGAGGAGAGAGACCAGGAGAUCAAGUACCAAGAGGGGAAAAUAAUGGGUCUAGAAAACCACCAUACAUCACAAAUGAGAAAUCUGCUUGUGGAUCUUGAUUGUAUGAAAGAAAACUUGAAGGAGAAAGACAUAGAGCUUAUGUCUCUGACUCAGCAGAUCCAGGAGCUGGAGAAGGAAAGAGAACAGGUGAAAUCUCUGCACGCAAGCCUUGAACACCUGAGGGCUGUUCUUAAGGACAGAGAGAGUGAGUGUGAUUCUCAAAGGGAUCAGCUAAGACUCCUCCAGCAGUACAAGGAGCAGCAAGAGGGGCAUCUGCAAGAGCUUAAUGAUAAAGUAGAAAAGAUGAGACAUUCUUUCUCUGAAAAAGAUCAAGAGCUUGAAUCACAAAAAAAGCAUCUCCAGGAUGCUGAAGAAGUAAAGGGAAUGCAGUUAAGGACUGUCCAUGACCAACUGGAGCAGACCUUAGAAGCCUUAAAAGAAAAGGACACACUCCUAGACACCCAAAAGCAACAAACAUGGAACAAUGAGGAAAAAACAGAAGAAUGGGUGAAUGUCUUACAUAAAGACUUCAGAUACUCUAAGGCACUACUGAAUGAGAAGGAUUUAGUGACUGAAUCUCAGAAGGAAGUGCUUGAGACCUCCCAAAAACAAGACUCUGAACAGCAGAAAGAAAUUCUGCAGCAUCUUCAAGGGGCAUUAAAGGAACAAGAGCAAGAAAUGUUAUCCCUUGGAAAGCAAUUUAAGUCAAGCAAGGAAAAGGAGGAAGAGCAUGAAGCUGAGCAAACAAAUUUUCAAGCAAAAAAACAGAGUCGGAAGGAAAAAGAGGUAGAGGUUCUGGGGGAGGCUAUUUCUAAGCCUCAGCAAAAGGAGGUGGCAGGGAUGCAGACUGAAGCCAUACUGCAAAAUUCAGAAUCUUCUCUAGAAGCUAGAGAUCAAGAGAUAGUGUCUUUGCAAGAGCCUGUCCAGGACCUUCGAGAGCAGGAGUUAGAAGACAAGCAGGGCAUGAGUCUGCAGCAGGAUCAGGCCAAAACAAGCCAAAUAGUGAAGAAGAAUCAUUUGGAGUUCCUCAGGGAGACAGAGCAAAUGAGCAUAUUCCAGCUUCAUGAAGAAAGCAUGAAAGUAGCUCUAACAUCAUGCCAGAAGCAAGUGAAUCUGCUAGAGGAAGAGGUGAGGAAGAGAAAUGAAGAAAUUGAAGCUCUUGUGCAAAAACUCCAAUGCCAAGAGGAAGAACUGAAGACCUUGCAGAAUCUCCAGCUUAGGGUACCCAAGAAAAAUGAAGAGGUUGAACAUCACAGAGGGCAAGAGACGCUCCUGGAAGAAACUUUGCCUGGGACAGAACGAGAGACCAAGACUCAAGGUGAGCAAAAAGAGUUGGAAGAGGAAAUAAGAGCUCUUCGGGAAGAUCUCCAGCAUGUUAAGCAGACUCUGACAAAGAAGGAUGAAGAGAUCAAGUACCAGAGGGACAGAGUCAGGUAUUUGGAGAAGACUCUAACAGGGAGAGAACAAGAGUUUAGGAGGAAGAGUGAACUCCUGAAACAAUUAACAUCAGCUUCGUGGUGGAAAGAUGGAGGGGAGACUCUACAGCAACAAAUCCAGAAACUCCAAAAAUGGGAGGAAGAGGAAGCAGAGAAGAGAAAAGUUCUCCAGGAGAGAGACCAUCUCUUGAAAAGGCAGAAGGAGUUAACCCAUCAACUGGAAGAGGAGCGGAAAGCAAAGGCAGAAGAAUUGGAGCAUGUGAUUGCUAUUUUGAAGCAGACUGAAAGUGGAGAAAUUGAAUGGAAAGAGAAAGCACAAGCACUGACUCUUGCCCUUACCAAGAGUGAGGUGGCCAAUGGGACUCUGAGGGAGGAAAUAACCAUCCUGCAGAGUAUGGUCUCAGAGAGGGACAGGGACCGGUUUCAUCUGCAGCAGGCUGCUGCAGAAGGGGAGCAGCUCUCCUGGCUCUCGGAGAGGAGACUCCUCUUGCAGCGGCUGGAACGUCUGCAGCAAGCAGUUGCAAGGCUGGAACUUGAGAAGAUGGAGCUGAAGCAGCUCAAUGCUGAGUUCAGGAGGACUCUUGAGCGGGUGGAAUGUGAACGGAGGAGACUGAAGAGAUACUGUAGUGGUCAGUCAGUGCCAGAUGCAUGUGGAUUUUCUCUCUCCAAGUCUGACCUGCACAAGAUGCCCGCUUCUAAACAGGAGAAGUCUCACGGGCACUGCAGUCGUCAAGUAGCAGAGUUGCAGAACCAGGUGUCCCUGCUGCAGACACAGCUCGCACAAGAACGAAAGCACAAGCGGGACUAUAUUGAGUGCUGUGCAAAGACCAGCCAGGAGCUGGCAGACCUUCACCAGGAGCUGUCCUAUUCCUUGGCAGCUGUGGUCAGGGAGCCCAAAGCUGCUGUUCUGGAGGCAGAGACUCGGAAGCUGGAUCGGUCUCUGAACCUUAAUUUGGCACUAAUGUCUCUGGACCACCAGUCUCCUGAGAGACAGCCAUUGCAUUCAACAGCCAGAUCCAUCAGAAGCAAUGACCUGAGCUAA